AUCAUUUAGUCGUGCGAAACUGUGUGCGAACGAUUCACUGCGAAACGUGCGGUAACAUACACAGAAAUCAUCGCCAUUAUUAUUAUUAUUAACAGCAGUAACACUAGAAAACAUUACAUAACAUCACAGCGAGACAAUAAAAAAAACCUAUACGAUAAUCACAAGGCAAACCAGUAAACGCAAUUUAUAUGCGAUUAUAGUCAUGAGUGUUUUCUUCAGUUGAAAACACGAUUGCAAUUUUUCCGUAUUUUACAGAGGAUCAUUCAUCAUUGACGAGCCAACUUACGCUGAAAUUCAUUCAUCGAAUGGCAAAUUAGUCUGGAGCAUCAGAAAACCAUCAAAAUGGAUUGUUCAAUAAAUUCAGUGUAGAUGAAAAGCGUGUAAUUGUGUGUUUUUAUAAAUGCAAGCCGCAGGCAAUUUUAUAUUUUUCUUAUUAACUGUGUGAAUAUUGUACGAAAAAAAAUCUAUACAAAAAGGAAACCAUUAAGUGAAGAUUGCAAGGAAAACAAAGCUGUGUGCAAGAUGAAAACGCUCAAAACGAUAGGCGUGAGCUUUUUAGUAUUGGCUCCAAUUUUAAUAGUGUUUGCAAACGAUGAUGAGAGCAGUACAGAUCCAAGAUUUGAUGCCCGAGUUAGUGAGUUAUUGGCUAGUAAUAUGUUAAAGCUGUCACAAGAAAUCGGAACGACAGUUCUGCAAGAUAGCGAUAAAACGGAGAUUUUUUCACCACUCUGCAUUUAUUCAGCAUUGAGUACUUUGUUGAUGGGCGCAAACGGUCAAACUUUCCAAGAACUAAUGAACGUUUUGAAAAUUAACAAUGAUCCCUACCUAUCGCAAAACACGUGGAAAGUACAUGAAGAAUUUUCUCUGAUGAUUGAUGAUUUAAAUCGCGACAUUCCGCAUCCCGGCAGAAGACGACGUCCUGUUUUCUGGACACAAAAUCAUCAACAAAACAGAGAUGAGAACAAAAACCAAAAUCAAUCGUAUCAGCAAAUACAAAUUGCAAAUGGGAUAUUUUUUCAAAAUGGUUAUUUCAUAAGAGACGACUAUCGAAGCGCGAUAGAAUCAGUCUAUAAAAGUACAUUGCAAAGAUUGGACUUUGCUAAUAAGCCGGAACUAUCAAGCAAAUACAUCAAUAGUUGGGUCAAAGAGAAAACGCAAAAUAAAAUCAAAGAGAUUAUUUCAGAUCCGCUAUCAUCGACAACAAAAUCAGUAAUUGCAAGUGCGUUAUAUUUCAAAGCUGUUUGGGAACGGAUGUUUUUGGAAGGAUUGACGAAACCAAAAGAGUUCUAUCCUUAUGGAAUUGGUCGGGCUCCGAUCUUUGUAGAAAUGAUGGCGACGGGCGGUUCAUAUCCAUUUUAUGACAGCCAAGAAUUUGAUUGUAGAAUAAUCGGAUUGCCUUAUCGUAAACAUUUAACAACCAUGUACAUAAUAUUGCCAAAUAAUUCAACGCGUCAACGCCUGAGACAUUUCCAAGCCACAUUGACAGCUGAUAAGAUUGAAUCGAUGAUUUCCAAAAUGGAAAUGAAAACCGCAAUAAUUCUUUUUCCAAAAUUGCAUAUCACAAAUCGUAUUGAUUUGAAGAAAAUUCUAAAUCGUAUGGGAUUACGUUCGUUGUUCAAUUACGAUCAAAGUGACUUGUCAUUGAUUUCAACUGGCAUUGAAACAAUACCGUAUCAAGAAAGUCCGUUUAUAUUUAACCGUUUCGCUGAAACUGAAAGUAAACAUAUGACAAAUGAAACAGCGACAGUGCAAAGUGUCACAAAGCGUGAAAGACGAUCAGCGGCGACAUUUAAAACAAUUAACAGUGACUUUCAUACAGACAGAGAACCGUUACGGUUGAAAGAUGUUGUGAUAAAAAAGAGAAUAACCAAAUCUUAUCUACAAAAAAAGCUAAUUGGCCGAAAUCGUCGAGAAGUGGAAAAUAUAUCUGAUCAACAAAUGAGUUUGAAGCGCUUGGAUUUAUUGCGAACACGGCUCAGCUCCGAACAUUAUCCAAAUCCUCGAUUAUACGCUGAUGAACUCAUUCAUCAAAUAGAUUUAACCGUGAAUGAAGUCGGCACUGAAGGUGGUGCAGCUACAGUCACAACAUUACGGCGAUCGGGGCCUGAUGUCUUUUUCCGAGCUGAAACACCAUUCUUGUUUUUGAUCAGACACGAAGAUACAAAAAUUCCAAUUUUUUAUGGUGCUGUUUUUGAACCAAGAAAUGAAUAGGAUUUAACUUUAAGUAAUAAGUAUUUUUUUGUUCAACAUUUUCACGCUUUAUUUUAGAAACAAUAAUUAUUAGCUUAAGCUUAUUAGCUAUUCUAUCCUUUUUUUCAUUCUCUUAUUUAUUCCAUGAGUUUUUUUUUUGCAAUGCAUAAGUUAAGAU